GCCUUGAUUAUAAAUACACACAAGACUGGGAUCACUAUCAUCCCAAGUCUUCAUCAAACUCUCAACUAUCAAGCCUUCCUUGCAAAUUCUCUGAGAUAUCUCAACUCGCUUCUGCUUCUUUCUUCUUUCUUAAGACACUCUUAUUACAAGCAUGAGUUUCCUCUUUGCUAGCUUAGUUCAUGCCAAGCAACUCAUUCAGAAGCCUUUUUCAAGCACAAAAGAUAUUCUGAAAGGCUUUUUGGCAGUUUAUGUUGGCGAUGAGAGCAGAAUGAAGAAAUUUAUGAUCCCUGUGGCAUACUUGAACCAACCAUCUUUCCAAGACUUUCUAAGUCGAGCUGAAGAAGAAUUUGGAUUCGAUCAUCCAAUGGGAGCUCUCACAAUUCCUUGCUCAGAAGAUGCCUUCAUCGAUCUUAUUUCUUGCUUGAAUGCAUAAUGAUGACAGAUGAGUAUACACACUGACAGAAGACAAUUAUUGACAAAAAUGAUUUGUAAUUAUUUUUUGCCAAGGCAAACAAUGCCAAUACCAUGUAUAUAUUUUUCCUUAGGGACUGAGAAAACAAAUGUCUCCAAGUGUGAUAUAAAUGAAUUCUUUCUUUAACAA